AGCCCAGUGCAGUUAUUGAUCUCAAGGCAGAAUAUGUUGGCAAGAAUUCUGUCAACUUAACAUGGGUGGUGAACGACACUGCUUCCAACUCCUACACGUACAGGAUAGAGGUUGUAAAUGGUACCUCUGUCUGGAACCUGACGUCCAAUGUCACCGAAGCCAAAAUUACUGAGUUGCUUCCUGGGACAUUGUAUAAUUUCACAAUAUUUGCAGUAGUGGCUGAUGGUCUGACGGAAGGAGAAGGAUUAUCCAUAAUAUGGUAUACAAAGCCCAGUGCAGUUUUUGAUCUCAAGGCAGAAUAUAUUGGUGUGACUUCUGUCAAGUUAACAUGGGCAGUGAAUGACACUGCUUCCAACUCCUACACAUACAGGAUAGAGGUUGUAAAUGGUACCUCUGUCGGGAACCUGACGUCCAAUGUCACUGAAGUAGAAAUUACCAAGUUAAUCCCUGGGACGAUGUAUAAUUUCACAGUGUUUGCAGUAGCUGAUGGUCAGAUGGAAGGAGAAGGGGUGUCCAUAUGCCUGUAUACAGGCUUGAGAGCUAAGCAGGCCCCCUACAAUGCUUCUGGGAGCAGGUUAUCACAGCUUAUACCAAAGGACAUGUUUGUUGUCUUGCCUUUCACAGAGCCCAGCUCAGUUUUUGAUCUCAAGGCAGAAUAUGUUGGUAUGACUUCUGUCAACCUAACAUGGGUGGUGAACAACGCUGCUUCCAACUCCUACACGUACAGGAUAGAGGUCAUAAAUGUUCGGAACCUGACGUCCAGUGUCGCCGAAGUUGAAAUUACUGAGUUGCUUCCUGGGAUAUUGUAUAAUUUCACAGUAUUUGCAGUAGCGGCUGAUGGUCAGACAGAAGGCGAAGGGGUGUCCAUAAGCCUGUAUACAAAGCCCAGCCCAGUUUUUGAUCUCAAGGCAGAAUCUGUCGACAUGACUUCUGUUAACUUAACAUGGGUGGUGAACGACACUGCUUCCAGCUUCUACACGUACAGGAUAGAGGUUGUAAAUGGUACCUCUGUUAGGAACCUGAUGUCCAGUGUCACCGAAGCCGAAAUUACCGAGUUAAUCCCUGGGACAUUGUAUAAUUUCACAGUAUUUGCGAUAACAAACAAUGGUGAGACAGAAGGCGAAGGGGUGUCCAUAAGCCUGUAUACAAAGCCCAGUGCAGUUAUUGAUUUCAAGGCAGAAUAUGUUGGCAAGAAUUCUGUCAACUUAACAUGGGUGGUGAACGACACUGCUUCCAACUCCUACACGUACAGGAUAGAGGUUGUAAAUGGUACCUCUGUCUGGAACCUGACGUCCAAUGUCACCGAAGCCAAAAUUACUGAGUUGCUUCCUGGGACAUUGUAUAAUUUCACAGUGUUUGCAGUAGCAGCUGAUGGUCAGACAGAAGGCGAAGGGGUGUCCAUAAGCCUGUAUACAAACCCCAGCUCUGUUUUCCAUGUCCAGGCGGAGUAUGCUGGUCUCUGAUUUUUCCCAUAGAACACAGGUGAUACUUCUUCUAGCUACACCUACAAGAUAAAGAUCCAAAGUCAUGGUUCCUCUGCUAGACACCACACGUCCAGUGUCACCAGAGCUGUUACUCCUGCCUCAGUGAAUUCAUUUCAGUGUGAACCAGUGGCCAAGGAGUCUUAUCUAAUGCUGAAGUGGGAAUGUCCUUCUGGUAACAAUUCUGGCUUCAGAAUUAAAAUACAUAAUGAUACAUGGGCAAUAGAAGAACAGGCUCCAUCCUGCGUGAAAGAAGGCUCAGAGGAAACUUUCAGAUCAGCUUCUUUAGGUUAUUUCAGCACCUAUAAUGUUACUAUUGUAACUCUUUCAAAUAGUUCUGAAAGCUCUUCAGUGCAGAAAAUGUGUACUACCAGCAUUACUGACCCACCUGCUCCAAGCAAAGCUCCUUUAGUCAAGGCAGUCAGUCACAGCUCAUUGUCUGUUGAAUUCCCUGAUUUUGAGUCAGUGAAUGGACCAUUAAAAGCCUAUGCAGUAAUGAUCACAACAGAAGAACAAGGUUGUGAGGCUUUGAAGUUUAAAUUGAACAACACGUACAAAGAUUUUGAGAAGAAGAUGACAGACACCUAUGUAACAUACAUCAUAGAUACAGAGCAGGCAAAAUCACCUUCUCUCCAUUCUCAGAAUCAUACAAACAUCGUUAAUGUAGGCAAGGGAAACACAAUGCAUGGCUACGAAAAUGGACCAUUGAUUCCACGUCAUUCGUACAGGGCCAGUGUUGCAGGUUUCACUAAUAUAACCUUUACUAUGGCCAACAUCAUUGCAGGGGAAGAGAGUUAUGUAUCAUUUUCACCCUGUUCUGAGGCGGUUUUGCUACCCCAGGAUCCAGGUGUUAUUGCUGGAGCUGUCAUUGGAUGCCUUUUAGCUCUAUUGGCUAUAGCUGCUAUCGGGAGUUUCAUAUUCUGGAGAAGGAGAAGGAAAGACAAAAGAAAUACUGAAGUGUCCUUUUCGCCAAUUAAAGUCAAGAAAUCAAAAAUGAUUAAAGUGGAGAACUUUGAGUCCUACUUUAAGAAGCAGCAAGCUGACUCCAACUGUGGUUUUGCUGAAGAGUAUGAGGAACUCAAGUCUGCUGGUGUUCAUCAGCCCAAAUUUGCUGCUGAACUUGCUGAGAACAGGGGAAAAAAUAGAUACAACAACGUCUUACCUUAUGAUAUUUCUCGUGUUAAACUUUCAGAUCAAAGCUCUCCAACUGAUGAUUAUAUUAAUGCAAACUAUAUGCCUGGCUAUAAUUCAAAGAAGGCAUUUAUUGCUGCACAGGGUCCUUUACCCAAUACUAUAGAAGACUUCUGGCGCAUGAUUUGGGAAAAGAAUAUCUACUCCAUUGUUAUGUUGACAAAAUGUGUUGAACAAGCCCGGACAAAAUGUGAGCAGUACUGGCCGGACAACGAAUCCAAGAAAUAUGGUGACAUCAUUGUGACAAAGGUCUCAGGGAUUGACCUUCCAGAGUGGACAAUAAGGGACUUCACUGUAGAAAAGUCCAACACAACGGAGAGCCACACAGUGCGCCAGUUCCAUUUCACUUCCUGGCCAGAUCACGGAGUGCCAGAGACAACAGACCUUCUCAUCAACUUUAGACACCUUGUUCAUGAGUACAGCAGUCAAAAUCCAAUCGACUCUCCUACUCUGGUGCACUGCAGUGCUGGCGUUGGGAGGACAGGGACGUUCAUUGCCAUUGACCGCCUGAUUCAGCAGAUCGAAAUGGAGAAUACUGUGGAUGUGUACGGAGUGGUAUAUGAUCUUCGCAUGCAUCGACCUUUAAUGGUGCAAACUGAGGACCAAUACAUCUUCCUAAACCAGUGUGUUAUGGAUAUUAUUAGAUCCCAGAAAGACAAGAAAACGGAUCUUAUUUACCAAAACAUGACAGCAAUGGCAAUCUAUGAAAAUUUCACGCCUGGGCCAGGCUUCGGGAAGGCCAAUGGCUACCACGCAUAGUCUGGAAGGAACACAGUGUCUCCACGAGGUGUUACCUGUGCACAGGAAAGGGAGAUGUUCUACUCACGCUUUCCGAGCUUGUGUGCAGUGUCUCACGUCUGACUUCUCCAGUUCUGUCCGCAUUCGAAGAUGUGAUCUACAGGAGGAAAAACACAAUGCUGGCAGGAGACGCAGGUUGAUAAUAAAAAAACCCCAACAACCCCAAACAAAACU